AUGUCAUCCCUCCGCAACGCGGUUUCGCGGCGGCCGCACAAAGAACGUUCCCAACCACAAUCCCGGCAGAAAUGGGGCCUGUUAGAGAAACACAAAGAUUACUCGUUGCGUGCCCAGGACUACAAUACCAAGAAAAAGAAACUUGCGCAGCUGUCGCGGAAGGCCCGGGAACGCAAUCCAGAUGAAUUUGCAUUUGGAAUGCUGAGCCAGGGUACGGCGGGCUUAGGGAAACACAAGGCCAGUGACAGGCAGAGCAAUGGCCCUUUGAGCCAUGAUGCAGUCAAAUUACUGAAAAGUCAGGAUGCCGGAUAUCUGAGAACGGUGGCGGCAAGAGGCCGGAGGGAAAUAGACAAGUUGAAGGAGGAGGUAGGACUGAAUAGUGUCACUGAUGGUGCGGGCAAGGGACGGCGGAAGACAUUCGCAGAAGAGGACGACGGGGCUGCGAGAGGCCAAAAGCGCGCAGUGGAUGGUGAAGUGUUGGACGGUCGCCUCUACAAUUCUUCAUCACGCACACAAUUCGGAACGAAUGCGUCUUCCAAAUCGCAGAGAGAAUCCGAUCCUGAUGAAGCAGAGGAAGAGAAUAAUACUCUACCGCCUAAACUCCCAUCGAAAAAGGCCCAAGCCGCGGAACAAGAUGUCCUGGCCCGUUUACGUGCGGAGCGAAAGAAGAGGAAGCGCCGGCAAGAGACGCGAGUUGCAAAGCUGGAGGCGUUGAAAAAACGACAGCGAGAGAUAUUAGCAGCGGCUGAUCAGUUGGAAUUGCAGCGGGCUAAGAUGGCUAGGACGGUGGGUGGCGUCAACAAGAACGGCGUCCAGUUCAAGAUUCGAGAGAGGAAGAAGUGA